AAUCAGCGCGUAGGCCGGCGGAAGCGAAAGUGACGCUGCGCAACAGCGGCGCCGCAGCGUAGCGGUGAGUGCGGCCUAGGCCGCUCCGCACCCCUCACGCCAAUUACGCUUUAAUUAACGUAAUUAACGCCGCUCCCUCCCCGCACAGCGUCGUUCCCAAUGGCCGGGAGCGACCUCCGCCGGGAGGCGCUGGCGCUGUACCGCGCAAUGCUCCGCGCUGCCGCCGCCCGUCCGGGGUUCGCUGCGCGGAUCCGCUCCGAAUUCCGCCGCUGCGCUGCGGUUCCGCCCCGGGAUCGGCUCCGCGCGGAGCUCCUCCUGCGCCGCGGCCGCCGGCAGCUGCAGACGCUGCGGGCGCCGAGCACCGUCCGCAUGGGCGCCUUCGGGCCCGGAUCCGCUUCUGAGGCCACUUCCGGAUCCGGGUCUGGAGGCACUUCCGGGUGCGGGGUGUAUUCCGGAUCCGGGCGCUCUUCCGGUUCCGGGUCACCACCCCAAUAAAGCUCUGUUUCCGCCACA